ACCCCAUUUGACAUCAGCUCCUAACCUAAUUUUAUUUUAAUGGAAUAUUGUGAUUGUAGCAAUUGGUAUUUGCCAACUUGAUAAAUAAAGAAUCUAAGUAUUGACAUUUUAACUGACAAAGUUUAAGAAAUUUGAAGAGAGAUGUAUACAAUUAUUAUAUUCACAUUAUUUUGAACGUUCAUAGCUGAAACAAAGACUUUAUUCAAAUCACCAAAAUGACUUACGUUAACAAAAGGACAAGGGCUUUUCAGAAUCCAAAUGAAUUACAAAUAACACGAGUAAGAUCGGAAGGGCGCAUGAAAACAUAUCAAUCAGCACAGGACUUAAGAGCUUGGAGUGAUAUCACAGAGGAAAGAAGACAGUAUAUUUUAGAUUAUCAAUCCAAACCCAGGCUGGGUUUGCAUUCAGGAAAAAUAAUACCAGUGGAAUAUUUGGUCGAAUCAAUAGCAGCUUUCAAAAAUGAGAGAAUAAAACAGCUGGAACAAAGGAUCAAUUAUUUAGAAAAGAUACUCUAUUUAUACUCUCAGCUGGAUUUGGCGCCUCAACAGAAGAAAAAACUUGAUGAAUUGAAAAAGGAACUGAAUUCAGCAUAUUCUGAAUUAACAGCUCUUCAUGAGGAUGUAUGUGAAUGUACUGCAUGCCAUAACUUCCCAGAGAGUAAGAGAAAAGAAUUAGAAACCGCUUAUUCCCAUUGGGCAAAAAGAACAUUCAAGGAAGAUAAGGAUUUGAAUUCUGGUGGAACUGAAACAUUAAUAACUUGUGUUUGUGUAGCAUGCCAUAAACAUUCUGAGCCAAAGCAUCAUAAAAGUUCUGAGGUGACCAUGUCUGAUGAUAAUUUACUUAAAACAGAUCAUAAAAUACGACCAAAAAGUGUGGGUAGCAAAGAAAGUGAGCCCGACAGAACAGAUCUAAAAACUAGUUCAAAUAAAAAACGUAAAAAAUUUGAAAGAGAGAUGAUAUCAACAGAAGAAAAGACUUUAUUUGAAACAGAAGAAGACAGUAGAGUUGAAAAAACUACAGGUGUCACUAUUGAUGAAGAUUCAAAAUUAAUGAAAUAUAUACCCCAUGAAAAUAAAGUUAUUUCAAAAAGCAAAGAUGUAAAAAAAGGGAAAAGCGAAGAUGAAGAUAUGAGAGUUUCUAUAGAUAACCUCCAUAAGGAACCUCCGAAAUCAAAGAAAAGAGAUAAAAGUAGUGACAUAGAAGAUCAGGAUCAGAAUAAAAAACGUCUGAGAGAAAGAGAUCUUAGAAGCCAAGAUAAACACACCGAAGGAAAAAUAUUUUAUACAAGUAAAACAAAAGAUGGAUUAUUAGACAAUGAAAUAUAUAAAUAUGGUGUAGAGGAAGAACAAACUUCAAAUGGAAUUGAAAAAAAAAAGACUAUAAAAAAGGAAACAGAAACUUCUAGGAGAAUAGGUGAAGCUGACAGGGAUGCAACAAAAAUGAAAGAUGACUAUGGUCAAGAAUAUCGAACAGGAAAAAAAAGAAGUAGAGUAGGAUUGGACAAAAAAAAUUUGAAGAAGGAUAAUGUAACUAUUGAAAAUAAGACAAAGACACAAAAAAUACCUCUCAGUACAGAAGAGCUGAUAAAAAAAGGAGAAGAACAACCAAGGAAAGUGAAAAUGAGAGAUGAUGUCAGAGGUAAAUCGGAAGACCUGCAGGAAACAACAGAAACAAGAAAGAAAAUAUUAGAAAAUCAAAGAAUAGCUUCUGAUAAAAAGGAACUCUUGGAACAAAAACUUAAAACAGAACAAGUUCCAUCAGACAAAGAUGUAGUUAUAGAUCAAAGAGACAAAUCUUUAUCAAAAAAAGACAUGUUUGGCUAUAAAAGAAUGCCCCAAGGGCAAGAAAACGAAGAGAAGUCACUAAAGGAAAAAGUCAAAGCAGAACAAGUUCCAAGAGACAAAUAUUUAGUUGAUAAAGGUGUGACUAAAGAUCAUAGAGACAAAGGGGACUUGAAAAUGAUUCAAGAUAAAAUAUUUCAGGGAGAAAAAGAGAAACGUUCAGAUGAUGAAUUCAGAAUCAAUGAUACCAACAAAAAGGCAAUAAAGAAAAAAGUAGUUGAUGAUAGAGGAAUGAAAUUUAUAACAGAAAAGGUAUUGGAAGAGAAACAGAAACAGGUUCAUGAAAUUGGAAUAAUCACUGGUGUAAAGGAUAGGUCAGAAGAACAAACUUUAACUGGUAAUAAUACAGAAGCGCCAAAAGUAAAAGGAGUAGAUGUAAAUUAUCACAUGGAACAAGCAAGAAAAAGUAAAAUAAGAGAUGAUGCUAAAGAUAAAUCAGAAGACCUGGAGGAAACAGCAGAAAGAAGAAAGAAAAUAUUAGAAAAUCAAAGAAUAACUUCUGUGGAAAAGAAUAUACUGGGGAAAAAACGUAAAACAGAACAAGUUCAAGCAGACAGAGAUGUUGCUGUAGAUCAAAGGGACAAAGUUGAAUCAAAAAUGGAAAUGUUUGGGAACCAAAGAAUUCCUCGACAAGAAGAGAAAGCAGAGAAGCAUCCAAAGGAAAAAUUUAAAGCCGAACAGCUUCAAAGAGACAAACAUUUAGUUGAUAAAGGUGUGAAUAAAGAUCAAAGAGACAAAGAGGACUUGAAAAUGAUUGUAGAUAAACGACCUCUUCAAGAAAAAGAGAAACGUUUGGAUGAGGAAUUCAAGACCAAUGAUACAAACAAAGGGGCAAUGAAGAAAACAGUACUUGAAGAUAGGGGAAUAAAAUCUAUGGGGAAAAAGUUGUUGGAAGAGAAACCUGAACAGGUCCAUAAAAAUGAAAUAAUCACUGGAGAAAAGAAUGUUGCUGAAGAACAAACUUUAACUGGUUAUAAAGAAAAAAAGGAUAUAAAAGAGAAAGAAGAUAUAAAAGAUAUUCCAAAGAGGGCAGAUAAAGCUGACAGAGAUAUAAUCAAAAUAAAAAACAUUACUGAUUAUGGUCCUGAGGAUGAAACAGGGAGAAGGAAAAGUAGAAUAGGGUUAGAAGAAAAAAAUUUGAAGAAAGAUAGAAUAACAAUAGGAGAUAAGGCAAAGGCAGAGAAAACACCUUUCAGUACAGAAGUGCCGAUAAAAAAAGGAGUAGAUGUAAAGUAUCACAUGGAACUAGCCAAAAAAGAGAAAAUAAAAGAUAGAGCUGGAGAGAAGUCAGGAGGACCUCAAGAAACGGAAAUAACAAAAAAGAAAAUAAUAGACACUAAUGGAACAACUCCAGUAGAAAAGAAGCUGAUUAAUAAAAAAUAUGAAACAGUUCAAGAUAAAGAUGUAACUAUAGAUUCUGGAGACAAUUCUAAAUCAAAAAUGGAAAUGUUCAGCUAUAAGAGAAUACCUCUAGAAGAAGAUAAAGAAGAAGGGCCACUAAAGGAAAAGCUCCAAGCAAAACAAGUUCAAAGAGACAAAGAUUUAGUUGAUAAAAGUAAGACUAAAGACGAAAGAGGCAGAGAGGAUACGGAAGCUACAAAAAAGAAAAUAUUAGACACUAAUAGAACAACUUCAGCAGAAAAGAAGCUAAUGAAUAAAAAAUAUGAAACAGAUAAAGAUGUAACUGUAGAUGCAGGAGAUAAAGCUAAAUCAAAAAUAAAAAAGUUUAGCUAUAAGAGAAUACCUCAAGGGACAGAGCAAGAAGAGGAGCCACUAAAGGAUAAAUUGAUCGGGGAUGAAAGAUUCCAACAAGAAAAUGAUAAGAGUAUUGAUGAAGAAUCCAGAACCAAUGAUGCCAACAAAGAAGUAAUAAAGAAGAAGGAAGUCGAUGAUAGGAGAAUCAAAUCUGCAGAAGAAAAUGUGCUGGAUUAUAAACAUGUCACUAAAAAGGAUAUAAUUACUGGAGAAAAAGAGGUGCCUGAACAAUAUAAAGAAAGUAGAAAAACGGCUGGUGAUCCAGCUUCAAUGCUAAAAGUGGGAAAAGGUCUUGGAAAAGAGCAUUUAGCUGAACAGGCUAAAAAGGAACAACUUCUAUUUGACCAACAGACAAAAUAUAAUGGACAAAUAGAUCGAGAAAAGAAAGCAUUACAACAAAAUAUACUUGAAGAUAAAGACUUGAGUCCAUUAGAGAAGAAUAUCUUCAAAGGAAAGUUUAGAGAAAACCAAGACCAAAGAGCUAGGUUGCAACCAGAUGUCACUGAUAAAGUUCUAGAAAGUAAAUUUGAAGGCGAGAAAGAGGGAUUAAUACAAAUAAGGACUGAUGGCAAAAAAUUAAUAUCUAAAGAUCAAGAAGUGUUGAAUGAUAAAUUGAGAAAAGAUAAGAAUAGAAAAGAACGGUUGGAGAAAAUAGUUUUGGGAGAAGAAGCAAUAACAUCAACAGAAAAGAAAGUAAUAGACAAUGCUCGAGAAGACCUAAUGCUGGAUGUCAGAGAACAAAGAGAUAAAGAUGGGCUGAAGAGAAAAUUGAUUGGUGAUAGAAUUCAAUCACCUCGGGAAGAAAAGAUGUUGGGGAAAGCUGAAAAUGAAAAAUUCAGGAAACAGUUGGUUGAAGCUGAAGAGCCACUUAUGUCGGCACAAAAAGUGGCCUUGAAACAACGAACACUUGGGGAUGAAGAACUUACCAAUACUAAAAGAGAAAGUGAUGAAUUGAAACAGAAAAUUUUUGGAGGGAAAGAAAAGAUUUCGGAGAAAGUAAAAAAUUCAGAAGAGAUGUAUCAAGCCAAGUGGCCACAAAAAGCUAAAUUAGUUGUAGAUGAAAUUUUGGAAAAUGAUAAAGAUUUGAAACAGAAAAUUUUUGAUGACAAGAAAUUCAUACUUGAAGAAGGGAAAACGAUAGAAGAUAAAUCAAAAGCAAAAAAAGUUAUGAAAUUGCCAACUUCAGAACAGAUAUUACAUGGAUCAGAUAAACUUUCAAAAGAUGAACCGAAAAUAACAAUAUUGAACGAUAGAAAACUAACAGCAAAAGAAGAGCAGAUGUUGGAUGAACAACUGGAAAAGGAAAAUGCUGUAAAACUGAGAAGUUUUGGAGAGAAAAAGAGUUUAAGAAAAUACGAGGAAAAAAGGGAGGACAUAAAAAAGUCUUUAAAUGACUAUAAACAAUUAAUACCAAAUGAAGAAAUGGAAAAAACAUUGAUAUUUGGUGAAAAAAAAAUGCCCCUAUCUGAGGAAAAAAUGUUGAAAAGUCAGUUAACAGAAAAAAUAGCCGAGAGAGAAGAGCUGAAAGAGAAAAUGUUUGGCGGUAGGAAAUUAACACCUGAACAGGCCACUAUAUUGGAUCUGAAACUAAGAGAAGAACAGGCUCAAAAAGAAAAUGCAAAACUUGAUAAAUCAAUAAUAGCUCCGAUUGGGAAAGAACAGCGAAAGGUGCAAGUAAAUGUUUCUUCUGAUGAGAAAAAAAAACAUUUGGAGAAUAAAUUGAAAGCUCCUGCAGACAAGAAAGAAUUAAGCUCUGAAGAAAAGAAACGAUCGGAUGAUGUAUUGAAAGUCCAGCAAGUCAAAAAGCAUGUUUCUGGAAAAGAACAUGGUGAGGACUCGGAACUAUUGAAAGAAUUGCAGGAGGAAAAACGUAAAGAAAAAGCUCUCAGCGAAAGUAUAAGAAGAAAAAAGUUUGGAGAUAAAGAGCACACCCCAAAGGGACAAGAAAUAUUAGAUUCUACGAAAAUAAAACAAGAAGAAAACUUGAAAUUUUCUUUUCUUGAAAAAGAAUCAAAACCACAAGGAGAAAAAGCAUUAGAAAUUAAACUAAAAGAGGAAAAAGCAAAAAGGGACAUUUUAAAAAAUACUUUAUUUGGUAAUAGAAUACUUAGUCCCGAGGAAGAAAAAAUAUUAAAUGCAAAGAUGAGAGAAGUUCAAUAUAGUGAAGAUAUUUUAAGAAAGGAACUCACUCCUCUGGAAAAACGCGUAUCAGAUCAAAAGAUGAAAGGGAUGUCAAAAAUGCCUUCUAUAUCUCAUGUGCAAAACAAUUCGGCAAACCUUUCAAAAAUGGAACAAGGUGCUGUGAAAAAGAAUAUUCUGGGAGAUAGUGAAUCAUAUCCAAGUGAAGGAAAACUCCAUGAACAAAAAUGGAAGGAGAGCUUUAAAAAAAGUUUGUUUGAAGAAAGUAGUCCAAAUAAAGGGAAAAUCCUUGGAGAAAAAUUAAAGAGAGAAGAGCAAAAGGAUUCUGAAUUAAGAGGAAAAUUGUUAACUGCAGAAAAAGAGAGGGUAUUGGAGAAUCAAAUGAAAGAGUUGACAGAAAAUGAAUCUUUGAAAACGAAGACUUUUGAUGACAGUCUAGCAGUUCCAGAAGAGUUGCAGAUCCAAGAAAGAGAUUUUAACGAUAAACAAGCAUUACUUGGUGAUAAAAAAAUGGAAACGUUUGAAGAUGAGGAAAUAAUUACAGAAGAAGAAAAUAAGUUGAAAGCAGAAUUUGAAAAAGAAAACUUGAAGAAACGUCCUUUUGGGGGAAAAGAACUGUCAUCAAAAGAGAACCAAGAACUAUUAGAUACUUCACUGAAUGAAGAAAUUUUGUUUGGCAAUAAAGAAUUUGAUGUCAAUAAGGAGAAAUUAGAGCUUAAAAUGAAACAAUUGACAGGAAAAGAAAAGGAAGAAGCAGCAAUGAUUUCUUUGGAAGAGAAGAAAUUGUUGGAAGCAGAAGGUAAACAAGAUCAUCUUAAAAGAGAUAUUUCAAAAAAGCAAAUGUUUGGAGACAUAAAACUAUUUACCGAAGAAGAACAAUUUUUAGAAAAAUAUGAAGAAAUAAAAAAAAGAGAUAGUUUAAAUAGACGUUUGUUUGAUGAGAAAAUGCCAGACUGGAAUAAAAUCAUAGAAGGCAAAGAUACAGCAGAAACACUGGAAGGGGAUGAAAUAGAAAAGAUGGAUCAAGAUCUCGAGAAAGACAAAUUAUCGGAAGAUAAAAGGAUAGGAUUGGGAAAAAAAGAAUUGCUGGGGAAAAUUUUUUCUCCUGAAAAAGGGCAGAUUUUUAAAAAGAAAUUCGAAGAAAGUCCAUUGCAAAAAGAAAUUUAUGAACAAAAAUUCUUUGGUGAUAUAAAUUUAACAGAAGAUGAAAAAUUUGAUGAGAACAUAAAUAGAGACAAAGAUAGUUUGAAAAAAAUGAUGCUUGGGCACAAACAAUUAACUCCUGAAGAAGAAAUGUCAGAAAAUGCGUAUAAGAAGCAAAGACAAAUUGAAUUGAAAACUCACCUAUUUGGAAACAGAGAACUGACUCCAGCAGAAAUAAAAUUUCUGGAAGAAGUGUUUGAAAGGGAGCAAGCUGGAAAAAUCUCGGAACAGGAAAAAAUAGAAGAACUAGCUCGAACAGGAAGUCUUGGACAGAGUUUAUAUGAAGGAAAUAAAUUAUUUCCAGAACAAUUGAAAGUACCAAUUUUACAGAAGGAUGCGUUAAGCAAAGACCUUUUUGGUUACGGAGAAGAAGAAGGUGUAGAAAAAGUUUUAAUGAAAAAAGUUCUUGACAACGACACCAUGAAAACCAGAAUAUUCAGUAAGAAACAAUUAUUUCCUGGAAAAGAACUAUUAGAAAAAAAAUCUGAAGCAGAUAAUUCACUAAAAGAAGAAUUGAAGCAAAACUUUGUUGGAGAUAGGAAAAUUACUCUGGAAAAAGAUCAAAUGCAGCAAGAAAAGUUGAAUGAACAAGUUCGAAGGGAAAGUUUAAAGAAAAAAUUGUUUGGCGAUAAAGAACUCACCUUAGAAGAAGCGGAGUUAUUGGAAGCUAAAUUAAAAGAAGAAAGGCUACGAAUGAAACCUAUUUGUAAAGGUGUUUGUGUAGGAUCUUUAAAAUCAAUUAACCAAGAAGAAAUAUGCGUAACUGGGAAAAAAAUUUCACGCUACAAACACCCUGAAUUUAAAAAAACUCUUUUAGAAAAAUCUAUCUCUCUAAAUAAAACUUAUGCGGGUUGUGACACAAUUAAUAAAUACGAUCAAGAUAUUAAUAUGAAAGCAGAAAAACGAAAAUGCUCCAAACUGACAAAAGUUCUACAUGAAAGGAUUUUAUCUCCAAACAAAUGCAAUGCGCCAUGUAAUACCGAUCUACAACUCAAGAAAGUACCAAAAAGUUGUGGAAAAAUAGGGACAGAACCAAUCAUUAUCACACCUGAUAAAAUAAGAUCAAAAGAAACUGAUAACUUUAAAGCAUCACAAAAAAAAUGUGUUGCGCCGUGUAAUAAUGAUCGACAAUUUAAGAAAGCACCAAAAAUGUAUGGAAAAUUUGUUGAAGAACCAAUUACCGGAUUUGAACAACUGAAAUCGAAAGAUAAAAGUGAUCCACCCAAAGCACGAUCAAAAAAAUGCAAUGUUUCAUAUAAUACCGACCAACAUGUCGAAAAAUUACCAGAAAGGUAUGAAAAAAUUGACACAGAACCAAUUAUUAUUAGAUCUGAUAAAAUGAGGCAAAGAGGAGAAAGAGACCUCAAGAAAACACCGAAAAUAAAAUGCAAUGCUCCAUGUAACGAAGACGAACAAUUAAAGAAAUCAGUAAGAUAUGGAAAAAUGGAUACAGAACCGAUUAUCAACAGAUGUACUAAGAUUAGAACACACGAAAUCUGUAAACAUAAUAAAACACAAGCAAAGGUUUUAAGCUAUCAAUCAAUAGAUAAAUGUCACACAGCAUGUAACACAGACGAAAAACUAGAGGAACAAAUUUUUAUUAUUGAUAGCUCAAAAAGCGAACACAAAAAAUGCCUAUUAUCUAAAAGUGAAUCUACCUUUAAGAAUACCCAAAUAGAUAUUGACAUUCAAAUCGGUAAAAAAGGAAAACAUAUAAAAAUGUGCAAAAAAAUGUCCCCUGGAUAUAAUUCGAAUGCAUUUUAUUCCCAAAAGACCUCCCCCCAACUGUGUAAAUCAAUACGCUUGGAAGAGCAGAAGAAAACAAUAACUACUAUAAAUAUUAAUAUCCCAUUAUUUGAUGAUGUUACAUCUAGAGUUGUUAAGACGUCAGAAAAUAAUCUAGAGGUUGAAAUUGAAGCGAAAGCAUCAAAAAAUGUUAAUAAACUAAAAAAUACACAAAGUACUUGUGAAUGUUCUGGGAAAAAUGAAGUACAUGACAAAGCUUCGGUACCUGAAAAUAUAAUAAAACCCAAUGUUACUGAUAUGAUCGACGAAGACCACUCAGAAAAGGCUUUAGAAAUUAUGAAAAAUUUCUUUUCUUGUGAAAAUAUAUGUCCUAAUCUUUGCUCAUCAACGUUAUCUGAACAAUUCCAAGAAUCAUUGGAAUAUAAAACUAAAUCCAAUGCUUCACCUUUAUUUAAAGAAUCAUGUGGAGCGAUUUGUAUAGGAAAUAAACUUUCUUCUAAACAACAAACUAAUCUUAAAGGUUUAGAGAAAGUAAAAAAAAAAUUAUUCAAACAACAGGUUAAUCCUGAAAGUUGUGAAUUUGAUGCCAUCCAAUUAGAAGAAGAAAUAUAUUUUGAUGCCCUUGAUAAAGAACAUAUUCAGGAGAAGAAAGAACUUGCAGCAACCGAAAAAUCGUUUUUGUUAUUGAAGCAACUGCCUCAAUCAAAAUUAUCUCAAGAAAAGAUUUCAAUAUCCCAGUUACCAAUGGUAGAGGAUGUUGAUGUCAUAUUACCAAACUUUGAUGAAAUAACAAUUUCACAAGAUACUUUGCCUUCUGUAAUUAUUCCCAAGGAAGAAACUAAAUCUAAAAUACCUGGAGAGAAGUAUCGACAUAUAGAUGUUAAAAAAAAGGAAUCAAACGAGGAAAAAAAUAUAGUAAUAAUAUCAGAAGAAUCGAGAGGUAUUAGAGAAGCAAAAUCAACAAAUAAAAACCAAUCAAAAUAUUCUCAAACAGAAGAUUUGACUAUUCCUGUAAUAUCGCACGAAUUAGAUGUUAAAAGAGAAUACUUGGAAACUAUAAAAAAAAAUACGGGAUCGGGAAGACAAUUAACAUCCAAAGAUAAAAUUAUGUUUAUAUUAUCGGAAAAAGGAAAGGAAAAUUCAAAUCACAAAGAGUCUGAGAUAUUAGAGAAACAGAGUAGUAUCAAGAAAAGUGGCGUUUUAAAUGAGAAAGAUUCUAUAAAACAGAUAUUCAAUAAACAAGCAGGAAAAAUAAAAACUGAAGAAUUUGUUAGAGAUGGCUCACCAAUUGUAAAAGAAGAAAUUGCUCCUGAGAAUGAAAAAAGUGUGACAAAAGAUUCGAUUGAAACGAUUCAGCUUAAUGAAGACAUAAUGAAAGCAGUAGAGAAGAAGAAAGAAGUUGAUUGCUCUGAGAUCUUAAAUGUCAAGGUUGUUGAUACAAAGGAAAUGAAAGGAGCUGUAGUUGAUGGAAUUGAAGAAACUGAUAUAAAAGAUAAAACUGGAGAAAUUUUAGAUGCUGAAAAUUCGAAAAUGUUUGGUGGAGACAAAGGUGUAUUGGAAUUGACGUUUAUUAAAAAUAAUAAAUGUGUUGCACCAUGUGCUAUGCCUACUAGCGAUAUAAUCAAAAUGAAACGAAUACCAUACAACGAAGAUAUUCCUCCAAUAAUAAGCACUUGUAUUAAAAUUAAAGCUGAAGUAAGAGAAGUACCUGAACAACCUUCAUUUAUUGAAAAUAUAUGUACGGCAACCUGUGCCUGGCAGUCAAAACAAGUACAAGCACAUAGAUGCAAUGAAUUUUCUCAAUGUGGUUGUAGCAUUUCAUCAUGUAUAUGCCUUCAAUCAAAUAAAAAAUGUCCACUAAUAAGUCAAGCAAACAUAUAUACACAAACUACAUCGAGAGGAAGUGAUGAAUUCUCUAAUAUUCACGAUGUGAAACCAGCUAAGAAACUUCCAAUAUGCCCUUGUAGAGAACUAAUGCAUUAUACUAAUAAAAUAACCUACUUCUCACUUAACAAAUAUCAUUUACCCUUUGAACAAUGGUCUAUUGAUGUACAAAAAUUCAAAGAUAAAGCAUCCGUAGUAGCAAGAUCUGGUUUUUUUGUAAUUCUACCUGAUAAAAUUCUUAAUCUGAAUUCAUUGAUACCCAGAGGUUACUCACCUCAAUACCUGGAGCCAAGCAUAGAAGAAACACAAGAAGAUGAGAAUUCUUUGACAUCAAUAUUUCAAACAGACUAUCCCGGAUCCUAUGUGUUAAGUGAAGGACUCGAACAACAUUUUACAGAUAAUAGUUCGACUCGUUCAAGAAUCGUAUCCCAACUAUCAUCAAUCAGUAUAACAAACAUUUCCAGUGAAUCAACACCACCACGUUUUUCAAACAUCAAUUCGAGGAUCAAGAGUGAAGAAGAAAAUUUCAGAAAUGAUAUAAUUCUUUACUAUAAAUUCUCUACACCAUCUUUAUCUAUUAGUAUUGACGAUAUAUCUAAAACCGAUGAAGAAACCGAGUUAAAAGCUAAAAUAGAAGAGAUAGAAACUGACGACGACUUUAGAGAACACAUAUCAAAAUGUCAAAGGAAAGUGAAAGACGAGAACAAAGAUGGCACAGACGAGGAGGAAGAAACGGUUAAAGAGCAAACUUUUAUAUCAAAAUUUUCAACAAAAGAUAAAGAAAAUGUUAGUACUGAAGUUAAAGCAAUUACAUCUACAGGGGAUAACUGUCAGUCAGUUAUUGCUCAAGAAGUAGCAAUUUUAUUGAAUGAUGGAGAAAGUGUACAGACUGAUUUAGAUACAGAUAUGUAUAUAAACAAUAUUCAGUAUCUUGUUCAGAAUAUUGACAAAAUAAAACUUACUCAGUUGAAAAAUGAUAACGUAUUAAAAAUUACAAGAGACCAACCAAAUGCUACAGAUGUAUCAACUAAUAUUUUUAAGAUCAAAAGAAGUACCUGUGAAAUGCAAGUUGGUAACAAAAAGGCCAGAGACGAUAAAGAAAGCAUAAAAUCCAAAGGAAUUGUGGAAGGCAUGGAAACAUACAAUUGCAAAAAUAUAUACAAUCAAAUUAAGGGGGAUGAAAAAGUACAACAAAAAUCUUCUGAAACAGAUAAAGAUGAGCUAUUUGAAGAUGCAGUGGAUCAAACUCCAAAAUCAUCUCAAGUUUUAAAAAUGCUCCCAGGACAAAGUACACAUAUACAUACAAAAAUGAGUAAAAUAACUGAAACCAUAAUUUCAGAACUGGAAAUUCCUGAAUCGAGUUUAUCUCAUAAAAAAAAGUUUAAGUUAAGGUUAAUGCAGAAGAUUAAAUCUGUUUUAAGACAAUUUCCAAUAAACAAAAGUCGAUCAGAAAAAUCUGGCUAUUUCAAAAUAAAACGUUCUAAAUUUUCUACUUAUUAUUUUUUGAUAGCACAACAUUCAAAACAGUAUCAAUUGAUGAAAAAAAAGGAAGAAAGGUGUAACUUUGGUAAAAUCGGCAGAAAAAGCUGUAGACGAAGAGGAAGCUUGAACAAUGGCAAUAAAAAACAAAAUAUUAAGAAAAGAAGAAUUAAUAUAAAAAGUCAGUCAAAACAAGAAAUGGGUAGACUUAUUUUAAAUUGCACGACAAUAGGUUCUAAAGAAAAUUUAUAUGCUUCAGUUAUUCCUAAAGAUACUGAAAUAAUUGCAUUGAGGAAUAAUCUAGUGGCUGAAGAAUCAUAUGGUAGAGGACAAGAAAAUAUGACUUCCGCUAUGAUAUCUCACUUGAACAGCAAAAAAGAAGUAGCUGAGAAACAAGAUGACUCAAAAAAUCAACAGGAACUGCGGGAAAGUUAUGAAGAACAAAAACUUUGCUAUGUAGAGGCUGCUUCCAAAGACGAUGCCGAAAAAGCAGCUCCUUCUAAUUUACCCCAAAACCUAGAAAUCUUACUAAUGGACAAUGAAAUCAAACAAUUGGACCAGAAUAUCAAACAGAUGCGCAAUCAAGACAUUACACCUGAAUUGCGGGUUAGAAUAAUAAGAAAGGAAGUAGAGGUAAUGAAAAAAUAUUGCUCACAACUGUCAAUCAUACAAAGAGAAAAUGACAAACUGAAGGAGCAAAUAUUUUUUUAUGAAGACUCAUUCUCCAAAUUAGGAUGCUUUCCAGUCAGUCCAAAGUUAAUAGAAGAACUCAAACUCAAAAUUGAAGCCACCAAUGAAGAGAAACAGCUAAGAGAAAAAGUUCGCAAUUUAGAAAAAGAACUUUGUUUGUACACCUACUCACUCAAAGAUGUUGAAGUGCUCAGGCAAAGAUCUCUACUUCUAGAGGAAGUCUUGACAGAUCGAGAAAGACUAAGUCAAAAAGUAGAACAACUGGGUAUUCUAGAUCAAGAAAUUCAUAAUUUAAAAAAGAAAGCAGCUAUAGUGGAUGAACUGGAGAAUUGUGUUUUAAAAAUGAGAAGAGAGAAAAAUUUUUUGGAAAUAGAAUUGAAUCAAUUAAAACGGAAAUUGUCUAUUGUCGAAGGAGAAGAAUUCAACAGAAAAGCGGAAAGAGAGAUUUUAGAAUCCAAAAUUGUUUGCAUGGAACAGAAAAUAACAAAUCUCAAAUCCUUAUGUGAAGACAAAGAAAGAUUAAGGGUAGAACGUGAUCAUCUGAAGUACAGUCUUGAGGAAAUGAUAAGGAAGUUAGAAGAUGUUGAGAAAAUGAGGAAACAAAUUCAAUGUUUGGAAGCAUUGAAAGCUGAGCGUGAUAUAUUCAAAUCAAAAUAUGAAACUCUGAUUGGAUUGGAACAUGAAUGUGAUUUAUUGAGAGAUCAACUAGAUAGAACAAAAUAUGUAGAAAUAGAGCGAAAUUCCUUAGAAAUUCGGUUAGAAGAUUUGGAAGCUUGCUUAGAAGAUCAAGAAAAUGAAAAAAAGAGAUUGGUUCAUUAUAUAAAUACAUUAUCUAAAGCAAGGGAUGAGGAACAAGAGAAGUUCAACAAAUAUGCAAACCAAAUGAGAGUAGAAAUUGAGAAGAAAGAUAGUUUGAUAACUUCUACCCAAGAAAAAUUAAGUUUUUUAGUAACUAGACUUGAAGAUUCUGUCAAUGACCUUAAUUCUCAAACACUAGAACAUAAAAGUAAAACCAGUAACUUAGAAUCAGACAUUAAUACUUUAACUCUUAAAUUAAAUAAUUUGAAAGCAAAAAACGAGAAGUUGGUGGACUGUCUUAGUAACAUCGAAAAUGAAAAUCAAAGAUUGAUACAACAUAUCAUGGACUUGAAGAAAGAAAAUGAUAAUCUUAUAAAAAAUCUCAAAAAUCUAAAAGAGACUAAUAUUUUUCUGAAGAAAACAUUGGAAGAAAAAGAAGAUUCGUUGAACUCGACAAGUGAAGCUUAGAAAUCUAAAACAGAAUGUGUCGUGUUACAGUAAAUGCCAUUUUUAUACCGUAUUAAUAAAUUAUAUGAUUUUUCA